CCCCACAAAUCAGCCGCCGCUGCUCCUCCCGCCCCGUCGCCCAGCCGCCGCGCCGCCAGUCUCGAUCUCCGCCGCUGCCCUCAGCCGCCGUUGGCCCGUCGCCCCAGCAUCCGGCCUAGCCGUCGCUGCGCCGCCGGCCUGCUGGGCUCGGCCGCCUCGUGGCUCUCCUCCUCCGGCGCCAUGGCUCGGGAGAAAGCUUCGCUGGGUCAUCGCAAGCUCCCGGCUGGUCGCUCGCGUGAUGUGGGCUUCUCUCGGUGUGCCGCCUAUGUGAGUGAUGGUGAUGCUCCCAGUGAUGAUCCUGCGAGUGAUGGUUCUGAGUCCGAUUUUGCUGCUGAGGCUAAAGGAGUGGCUGUGCCUCUUGCCAAGCAACCUAAAGGGAGCCGUGUUGUAAAAAAAACCUGCUCCUUCCACUGGCCGCAGCAAGAAGAAAAAGAGGGUUGCCUCCCCUCCUCCUACUGAGCCAAAAUCAUUCUGUAUCACUCGUCCUGCUGCUUCUCCUAAUCAUGAGCCCGUUGAUUACUCACACCACUCUUCUCAUGCUCUUCAGCUUGUGCGUAACCAAACCAACCCCUAUCGCCGGUGUCAAUCUGUUCGCAUCUAUCGUCGGUUUCAUGUUCACUAUCAACAAGACAUCUAUGAGAGUAUGUGCAUGCAUGUGAAAGUUCUUGAGUCUCAAUGGGUGGAUCUUGCUAUUGUCAGGAAGAGGCCCGAUGUCUUCGAGGGCGUGCUUGAGCUUCUCGAGUCCAAGGGACUCAUGGAUAUCAUUUCCUUUAAGCAGGAUUGGUGUGCUGAGUUGAUCAUGCAGUUCUAUGCAACUUGCUAUUUUGGCAAUGACCCCGAUCGUACGGUGUUUUGGAUGACUGAUGGUACCCAAUACAAAUUCACCUAUGAUGAGUGGGCUGAGAUUCUUGGACUAGAUGGUUUUAAUGCCCCCAGAAAGAAGCUUCAUGAAACCGGCUCCUCAGUGAAGGUUGAUGGUCUUGCAUUACUUUAUCCUCCACAGACUCCUUCAUCUGAGUUUGGCCUUGCUUCCCUGAUGCUUCCCAAAUACUUUCACAUUCAUAAGAUUCUGAGGCCGGUUUUUAUUGGUAAAGGAGGAGACAAAGGCCGGAUGUGGGACUACGCCCUGGAUAUAAUGCAUUUCAUGGCCCAAUCUGAAAAGUUCCAUAUCUUUGACUAUAUCUACAAUGAGAUUCGCAGGGCUACACUUGUCAAACGCUCUCUCCCAUAUGCCCCGUUCAUUAUGGCUCUCAUUGUAUCCUCUGCAACCCACCUGGGAGAGAUUCACAUGGAAUGUAAGCACAAUCCUUACAAGCCCCGGGUCGGUGAGGUUGACAAGGUCAGGCUCGCCAAGGCGACGGAGCCCGCUUUCACCAGUUCCUCUCAUGCUGCUGCUCCCAAGAAAGUCUCCAAGUGGCAGAAGUUUGUUUCUCAAGGAUUUUUGGCCUGUUUCACAAGUGCCCGCAACAAUGCACUCGAAAUUGAGCAGCUCAAGCACCAUCACAACUCCAAGUACAUCGCGCUCAAGGCCCAGCUUCGUGACACCGGCGCUACACUCUCUCCCGACUCCGAGCUUGCCCUCGCUCUGGGUCGUCUGUCCGAUGUCCCUUUCCCUCGUACUGGGUUUGAGGAGUACUUUGAGCCUCUACAGUCUGAUGAUUCCGUGGAUGCUAUGGCGGAGUGAUCUUCAGUUGGUGACCAUG